AAUUCGAAAAAUUCGCUUGAAAAAUUCGUUUUUUCUUAAAUAUGUUGCAGCAGUACCGCCAUCUGACGAUCUAGAUUAAAACAAUUUGUGGACCCAGUAAAUGAAUAAUUUUUUAUUUUUUGCUCAAUGUAUUCAAAUCAUAUGUGUUCACACAGCCGAUAUAAAUUGAUUGAAUUUUUUGUUUAUUUUUUUGUUUUGUUUUGUUUUGUUUUGUUUUGUUUUUUUUUUGUUGUAAAGAUCAGAAUGAUUCGAUCAAGAAUUCCUUUUUUAUUUGUUAAGAAUUUAUUUCGAUCAAGAAUUCCAUCAUCAUCCAUGAUAAUUCGAUUUCAAUCAUCAUCAUCAUCAUCGUCGAUCGAUUUGAAUUCAAUGACUCAAUCACUUAAUUCAUCAUUAUUAAGACGAGCAAUACUUUAUGUUCCCGGUAAUGAUCAACGUAAAAUUGAUAAGGCAAUAAAAUCAUUUGAUAAAAUUGAUUCCAUCGUUUUGGAUUGUGAAGAUGGUGUUGCUGUGAAAAGUAAAGAUGAUGCACGUAAAACAAUAUUGAAAAUAUUAAAUCAACAUGGAUCAAAUGAAUUAUUAUGGAAAAAAUUAAGUGUCCGUAUCAAUUCAAUGGAUUCCGGUAUUGCCGUUGAAGAUUUAGCCAUAAUAUUUUCUGGUAAAAUCAUUCCAAGAACAAUUCUAUUGCCGAAAGUUGAUACCAAAUCCAAUAUUGAUGAAUUUUUUGAAUAUUUUCAAAAGGCCAAAAUCAAUAAAAACAUCAUAAAACAUCCAAUAGAUUUAAUUACAUAUGUUGAAUCAGCCACGGGUUUAUUGGAUCUACGUGAUAUAGCUAAACAUACGAUCGAUAUGUGUAAAUCAUUGAACGAUACAAUAAAUAUUAAUUUUGCCGGCAUUGUAUUUGGAUCUGAUGAUUUUUGUGCCAAUAUCGGUGCAACACGUUCCGAUGAUGGUAAAGAAGUGUUAAUGGCACGACAACAUGUAAUACUUGUAUGUAAAUCAUUAAAUCUACAAGCAAUCGAUUCGGUUUAUAUUAAUUUCCGUGAUAUUGAUGGAUUAAAACGACAAUCCGAAGAUGGUGCAUCAAUGGGUUUCACCGGUAAACAAGCCAUACAUCCGGAUCAAAUAUCUGUGAUACAAGAAGCAUAUCGGCCAUCGGAUAAUAAAAUUGAUUGGGCUAAAGGUUUGAUUGAUGAAUUUGAACAAGCACAAAAUGCCGGACGUGGUGCAUUUGUAUAUCAUGGUCAAAUGAUCGAUAUGCCAUUAUUGAAACAAGCUUAUAAUGUUAUGAAUAUUGCUAAACAGAUUGGUAAAGCUUGAUUUGUAUAAUAAUGAAAUGAAAAAACAUUUUUAUUUUUGAAUGAUGAAAAAAAUUUUUAAAUUUUAAAAUUAAA